AUGCCUACGCCCUCGCCGCUGCCGGCAAAGCGGUCGCGCCUCCGCGCCGACGAGAACCUGCCGCCGCCCAACCCGCUGCAGCCGAGCGGCGCUCCGCAAGCUUGCGCGGCCGCGUCGAGCGGUCAGCUUCCUCCGUCGGCGCGGCACGCGCAGCCCCUCGGCACGACCCACCGGUUGGUCGUCGUCGUCGACAGCCACGAGAAGCUCUCGCGCUCGAUGCGCGCCGAGGCGGCGCGGCUCCGCCGCUGCGGCCUGCCGCGCGCCGUCUACCUCGUCGAGGGCUCAGUCGAGCGGUGGCAGCACGCCGCGGAGCGGCGGAGGAUGCGGCUUGAGCUCGCAAAGAUCGAGGUAGUCGACGGGCUGCUCACCCACCGCACGCGCGGCACGGCCGACACGAUGGCCUUCCUCGCCACCGCCGUCCGCCGCCUCGCGCACGCGUGCGCCGCGACGAGCGGCGCCGAGCUGCAGGCCGCCGGCGCGCUCUCCACCUUUGGCGCCUUUUGCGCGCGCACCUGCCCGGCCCGCUCCUCGAGCGCAGAGUUCGCGUGCAUGCUGCUCUCGCUCGACGGCAUGACGGCGCCCAAGAUCGAGCGGCUCGUCCGCAGCUACCCGACCGCCAGGGCCGUCGGCGAGGCCCUCGACGCCCACGUCGCGCGCUGCCGCGACUCGGGCCUGCCCGCCGGCUCGCGCGAGGAGGGCUGGCUCUUUGCCGACCUGCUCGAGCCCGGCCACUCGCGCAAGGCGCUGAGCACGAAGCUCUCCACGUUCUUCGGCGCAUGGCAGUACGCGGACGGGGCCGAGCCCACGAGAGCGACGGCCCUCGCGUGGCCGCGCCCGGGCUGA